AUGCUGCGCUUCCUGGUGCCCUGGCUGCUCUCCCUUGGCAGCACAGCCUCCCCGUACUCCUUGGCAGCAGCCCUCCCAAGCCCCGUCCUGCACCCAGCCAUCCACCAUAAACAGCUCUUCAUCAACAGUGAGCGGCAAGAUGCAGUCAGCAAGAAGACCUUCCCAACAGUCAACCCCACCACGGGAGAGGUCAUUGGCCACGUGGCUGAGGGGGACCGGGCUGACGUGGAUCCGGCCAUGAGAGCAGCCCACAAGGCCUGCCUGGGGUCUCCAUGGUGCCAGCUGGAUGCCUCAGAGCAGGGCUGGCUGCUGAACCGCCUAGCGGACCUGGUAGAGCGGGGUCAUGUCUACUUGGCUUCGCAGGAGACCUUGGACAAUGGAAAGCCUUUCCAAGAGUCUUAUAUCUUGGACCUGGAUGACAUCAUCAAGGUGUACCAGUACUUUGCUGGCUGGGCUGACAAGUGGCACAGCAAGAGCAUCCCUAUGGAGGGUGAGCACUUCUGCUUCACCCCGCAUGAGCCUGUUGGCAUCUGUGGCCAGAUCAUCCCGUGGAACUUCCCCUUGGUCAUGCAGGGCUGGAAGCUGGCCCCAGCACUUGCCAUGGCCAAGACUGUGGUCGUGAAGGUCGCAGAGCAGACCCUGCUUUCUGCCCUGUAUUUGGCCUCCCUAAUCAAAGAGUCAGGCUUUCCCCCUGGGGUGGUGAACAUCAACACUGGCUAUGGUCCAACAGCAGGAGCGGCCAUCGCCCAGCACAUGGAUAUUGACAAAGUUGCCUUCCCCAGCUCCACUGAGGUGGGCAACCUAAUCCAUAAGGCAGCCGGUGAUUCCACCCUCAAAAGAGUCACCCUAGAGCUAGGUGGGAAGAGCCCCAGCAUCGUGUUGGCUGAUGCUGACAUGGACCACGCUGUGGAGCAGUGCCAUGAAGCCCUCUUCUUCAACAUGGGCCAGUGCUGCUGUGCGGGUUCCUGAAUCUUUGUUGAAGAAUCCAUCUAUGAUGAGUUUCCUGAGAGAACCGUGGAGAAAGCUAAGCAUAGGAAAGUUGGGAACCCCUUUGAGGUAGACACCCAGCAGAGGCCCCAGGUGGAUAAGGAACAGUCUGAAUGACUCCUGGGCUACAGCCAGAUUGGCCAGAAGGAGGGGGCAAAGCUUCUCUGUGGUGGGGAGUGUUUGGGGGAGUGGGGUUUCUUUGUCAAGCCCACGGUUUUUGAUGGUGUGCAAGAUGACAUGAAAAUUGCCAAGGAGGAGAUCUUCGGAGCUGUGCAGCCCCUGUUCAAGUUCAAGAAGAUUGAGGAGGUAACUGAGAGGGCCCACAGCACAAGGUAUGGCUUGGCUGCUGCUGUGUUCACCCAGGACCUGGACAAGGCCAUGUACUUUACGCAGGCACUCCAGGCUGGGACAGUGUGGGUAAACACCUACACCAUUGUCACCUGCCACACGCCGUUCGGAGGGUUUAAGGAAUCUGGCAAUGGGAGGGAGCUGGGGGAGGUUGGGCUUAAGGCCUACAUGGAGGCGAAGACAGUCACCAUCAAGGUCCCUCAGAAGAACUCGUAA